AUGGCUUCCAAAAUGGCUAUCUAUCAAAACAAGGAACAGGAAAAUGUGAUCAAUACUGAGAGCAUAGACAUUUUGAAGGAAACUAUUGCUGUCUCUGCAGUGGAGUCAUCAGUUGAAGUGGAUUUGAAAAAUGCUGUUACAGUAGUCUCUAAACCAGUGCAAAAAUUUACAGGAUAUACCUGUCAUGUAUGUGAAAUUCUUUUUCGCCAUGAAUCAUCUUUACAAAGGCAUAACUUGUCAUGUCAUACAGUCAAUGAGGAAAGGACUGCACAAGUUUGUUCUUCUGAUAAUUGUUUUGAGGAACCAAUAAUAGAGACAAAUGAACUGGAUGUAGAGAACCUUUGUGCAUUGGCCAUAAUGGGUCAUUUCCAUCAAUCUUCUGACCAGUACUUUAGACAUGCAGCUGCUGGCUCUCAAUGUACAAGCAAUAGUCUAAUGGCUAUAGUUGCUUCUCAUGUGAAAUCAGUUGACAACUGGAACUCUGGAUUUAUUGAUGAAGUUCUUCUUGAAGGUGAUAAACUUCACCUUAGUGUUCUCAAGAAGAAAAACUGGCCAUUUGGCAGAAAAGAAUCAAGGAUAGACAUUGAUGAAAUCCCUGAAAAAAUAAGUUGUCAAAUUGAUGGAUGUAAAAUAGAGGCUAGUGUUGGAGUUUUGCAAGAAGCAACCUUUGCUCUCUCUACAGAAAUUGAUAGCACUGUUAGAACAGCUCUGGAAAGAAUGCCAAAUCGAAGUUUCAUUCUUAGAAUGUUUGGAUCAUGCACAGCAAUCAUCAAGAGGGAAAAUCAACAAUAUUGUAUAUUUGAUCCUCAUUCUAGAAACCCUUUUGGUUUCAUUGAUCCCAAUGGCUUUGCUGGUCUGUUUUAUUUUGACACUCUGUUAGAUAUGAUAAGAUAUCUUAAGAGUAAUGUUGGAGAAAGAGCAGAGCAGAUAGACUUAUUUCCUGUUUUUGUCAACUUGUUGAAUUCAGAUGCAUUUGAAUUUGAACCAAGUCCAUCAAAACCUGAACAUGGAAAUGCCCGUGAGUUACCCAUGCAGGAAAAUUUUCAGGAUUUAUUGACAAACACAAAGAAAAACAAAGGGAAAUCAAGACCAAAAAGACCAUGUCCAUUUUGUGGUCAAGUGAAAGGCAGACUAACAGAACAUAUCAAGUCAAAACACAAAACAGAAGAAAAAGUGAAGCAUGCCCUAACGCUUCCCAAAGAUCUCAGGGACAGAGCCUUUGACACAAUGAAAAAAGAGGGCAUUUUUAUGGCAAACAACCAGUUGCUUAAGUCUCGUGAUGUGGACAUGACCAACCUUAUCCGAGAAAGAAACCAAGGAAAGAAGAGUUUGAAGGUUUGUUCAACAUGCAAAGGGUUUUUCAGUACAUCACAGAUUUAUAAACAUAUAAGGAAAUGUCUUGGAGCUGAAGGAUCUACCAAUACACCUGUAUCAUUGUCUACAAGAAGCUUAGUGGAUGAUUCGGAGUUCACCACAGAUUUUAAGGAAGAGGUUUUGGAAAGUUUCAGGGAUUCUGACUAUGGAGAUUUGAUACGAAAUGAUAAUUGGAUCAAACACUACGGUUACUUUCUUUAUGAAAACAUGCAGGGAAGCUGUAAAAAGUUUGAAAAAAGGCUGUCAUUAAAUUCAAAGCUGAGACGAUUGGCUCAUUUGUUUUUAGAAUUUAAAAGUGUUAUGGCAGAUAGAAAACAGAAAGUUGUAGAAAGUUGCAGUGAGAUGUUUAAUAUAGAUUACUAUGAGGAAUUGAAGCAAGCUAUUGGAAACAUGACAAGAGACAAAGAAAGCAACAAAAUUAAGAAUGGUCUAAAGCUAACAUUGAAGUACCUGGUGAAAGAUGUGUGUGAUGCUAUGCAUGUAUACUAUCUGAAAAGAAAGGAAAAUCAAAAAGCAGCUGAUCUUGGAAACUAUAUGGUAGUCCUCAGCAAAUCAUGGUCAUCCUUCUUCAAGAAUGCAGAAGAAUCUAUAAUUACCAAAAGACUUACCGAACUAAGGGCACCCGUCAAGCUUCCCAGUAAAUCUGACAUUGUGAAACUUCGAGACCACACAAAGAAAACUAUCCAGGAUCUGACAGGAGAUGGGUAUUGCUUGCUAGAAAAUGCAGACUUCUGUCAGUUAAGAGAUGCUCUUGUAUCAAGACUAACUCUAUUCAAUGCAAGAAGAGGGGGAGAACCAACACGUGACCGUGACUUAUUUUAUAAGCACAUGGGACAUUCUGAGACAAUUAAUGAAAAUAUCUAUCAAUGCCCCCCUGCAGUGAGAGAAAUUACACAUGUUGGAAGAGUUCUUGGUCAAAUGGAUGCCAUGAAUGAAGACGAAGCUGAUUUGCCAAAUAGAGAUAUUGACUCUGGUGUCAAUGAUGAAGAAAUUGAUGCAAUAGAAGAAUUUCUUGGUCUGAUGGCAGAGGAAGUUUCAACUUUUCAGUUACUUGAUCUUAGCAAGAAAGUAGAAGAAAAGGAAGUCACGGUUGAUGUAAAAAAAUUGACAUCAAAGAAGGCACUACUUCUUGACAAAAAUCUCCAAAAAAAGGCAAAGCAGUACUUUACUUCAAGUGCUUGGCUUGCAGUCAAAAAUACUUUGAAAAUGCUAGAAGGAUUGAAGCGAAAAGCAGAAUAUGCUUCUGGUCAAGGAGUGAGUACUGAAACACCAGAAGAAAUGAGAGUUGAAACACCAGAAGAAGUGAGAGACGAAAUACCAGAAGAAUUUUUAGCACCACCUAGGAAAAAAACAUAUGAAGAGCAUAGUUCAGAUUUUCAUGAAGAAAGUCUGAAUGGUUCAGAAUAUUUGGAACCUAGUUCUUCACCUCAAGAUAGUGAAGAUGAAAAUAUAUUUGAAGGUGAAGAAAUUACUAAAGAAGAAAGAAACGCACUUAAGGGUUCAAUCAAGAAAGUCAAACGUCUCAGACAUGUAUGGUCCUCGGAAGAAGAUAAAGCGGUUUACUCCUUCUUCCAAAUGGAAAUAGAGGAUUCACCUGGUACUGGAAACGAAGGAACCUUGAGAGUUGGAAAGAAAAUACAAGAUUUUCUUAGAAAAUAUCCAGAGGUUCUGAAAGAUUAUCAAAAGAGGGAAAGAGUUCAUAAAAUCAGAACUAAGAUCAUUAAUCUGAGAAGGCAAAAGAGGGAAGAAAUGAAACAAAAAUGGCAGCGUCUCUUAUCUGAUGAUGAGGAAAAAGAAGAAGGAAGAAAGAGAAGGAAAAAGAUAUGGAAAAAUUAA